AUGUCUGGGAGGGAGAAGUCUGGAGGCGGGUUCUUGAGCGGCUGGUUUGGUGCCAGCGAUGACGCUGAUGCCGACGACGAUGAUGAUGAUGAUGAUGAUGACUCCAAGAAGGGAAGCAAGCAAGCGGAUACUCUGAAGACAUAUCUCAAGAAGAUGAAUAGCAACAUCGAAAAGCUCAACAAGAACAUGCUCGAGUGGAAGGAGACAAAGUCGACCGUGACCCCGAUUUCCUCGAUCAGCGAUGCAACCCAUGCUCUGAACCUGUCGCUCGGCUCACUCGGUGCCUUGAACCCGCUUGGAUCUGCAUCUGCACACCCGCUCACCGCGACAGCAUCGUCUUUGACUGCCACCGAUCCCAACGUCUUUGCGGUCCGCAUCCGCAAGUCCGACUUUGUCGGCACUGGUAUUGAGCCCGAAGCCGUUGUCAACGCCCAGCUGAAGGCCCUCUCCGAGAAGACCGGUUUGGAUUACAAGGUCAUUCCCUACGACACGCACUUUGAUAUCGUUGUGCAGAAGAAGAACCCAUUCACCGCCUAUCGAACUCCAAUGGCCCAUCCGUGGUACUCGCUCACUGCCGACCAGCAAACCUUUACGGGCGAUUUGCGAGGCAAGAUAUUGAACUCGGGAUGGGUGCCCGGUCAGAUCAUCAUGGACGAUAGCGAGGUUCAGGAGAUCUACAAGUUUGUCUCGGAAACUAUGCUCAAGAAGGCCGAACAACCACUGAUGGAUUUCCUUUCCGAUGUCGGCAACAGAAAGGUCAUUGGAUACCACGCGUUUGCCGGCGGACUGAUCCCCAAGGAGAACCGCAUUUCAGGGGCCAACAACGACAAUGCCAAAACCCUCCAACUUGCCAACGAUGUCGUCAAGGCGCUGAGCACUGCCUUCGAUAAAGUCAUUCCAAGUUUGCUCAGUAUGGGUAUUAUCAAUGCAGACGCUGCCGGAGGCGCUAAGCGCACGCUUAAGGAGUUUUUCAUGUCAUGGGGAUUCACCAUGAAUUCCUCGAAUAUCGUGAGCUCUGUCAUGAAUGCAUUCAAUAAAUCACUCAGUAAAAUCCAUAGAACCGGUGAUAUGGAACCCUUUACAAACGCCGAUGACCGCCAAAAGUUGAUGUACAGCUACGCAAAUGCUGAUGCCCAAGCGGCUGCUACAACUCGCAAGGCCGUUGACUAUGAAACUAAGAGAAGUCAAACGGAUAAUCUGGAUUACUAUGCUGAUGUCUAUCUUAAGGACCAUAUUGAUACCUAUGCCAACCUCAUGUUCCAGAUGUGUGCGUUGACUGGCAUCCUGCUCGCAUAUACCUUGGUCCAAGAGAAGGCCGAUGAGCUGAUUACCCAGCGCAAGAGAGACGGUUCUCUCGAUAUUACCCGCUUCAUCGGUAUCAAGAAAACCCAACUCUAUGAAGAUAUGGAGACCUUGAGCUCUGGUGGAGUUGUUUACAGCGACAGAGCAGACAAAUCAGAAUGGCACAAUCCCGAGACAAUUAAAAAGAUCAUCAUCAAAAGAUCAGCCGGUGGCGUCAUUUUCAUCCUUUCCUCAUUCAUGAUCAUCGUGCUGGGAUACUACGACCGAAGCAACCUGGGCGACGACAUCUUUGCCCGCAUGUGGCCAUGGCUUUUGCAGCAAGUCACCACUGACGACGUCUACGUUGGCAGCCUCGAAGACCCCAUAGAACAACUUCCUCUGACCACGCCCAGGUGUAUCAUCUUGGGCGGGGGUGAUCUGAUCAACGAGUACUUUCUGAAUAGGCUGGUUGCUGUCCUGCGGCAAAAGAACUGGACCCAUGUGCCCGUCCACGGCCUGUCUCUGGGAUUCACAUCGCUGGAUGCCGUCGAGACCCAGUUCCUGAAGCUCCUGACCACGGUCGAUUUGCGAAGCCAGCAGCAGUUCCAAGCCGUUCAGGCCGCCUUGGCAACGACCAAGAGCACCACUCGUGUCAGCUACCACCCCGAUAUCAGCCUGUAUCUGAAGAACAUGCUGCCUGCUGCCUAUGGUUGGGCAAACAAGCUCAAGCCCUAUCCUCUGGACUCGACCAUCUCGGACGAGGUUGGUGAUAUCACCGCCGGCAAGCAAAUCGGCAUGUUUCUGGCCCGCAGUGCCUUUGUCGACAAUCCAAACUACGGCACCCUGGUCGCCAAUAUUGCUCUGCUGUGCAAGUCCCUGCUGGCACGUCUCCCUGCCGGCAGUGUGAUCCAUCUGAUCCCAUUCAAUACCGACGAGCUCAACAAGAUUGAGGAAAACGACAUUCUCUUCAACCAGGACGUGGCCGAUGCCGCCGCCGACUGCACACACAUCCAGACCUACACGGACGCCUUCACGAUCGAGGAGAUGGCCAGCACCUUCCGCAAGCUCGACUUUGCCUUCUGCAUGCGCUACCACGCGCACAUGAUGGCGGUGGUCUACCAGAUCCCGUUCAUCUCCUUCAGCAUGACCGUCAAGACCGAGCAGCUCAUGACCGAUAUCGGACGGCUGGAUGCGCUCUACAAGAUGCCGAUCGACGCCCAGCGCAAGCCGACGGGUAUCGAUGUGGACGCUGUGCUGGACAUGUUUGACCAGGUCGGCUAUAUGAAGCCACCAGUCGAAUACAAGGACUAUCCGCUCACAUCCUACCAGUCGUUCCUGGAGUCAGCCAAGCUCAUCGGGGGAGAUAUGAGUGUAAGUGUGUCGUUUUUGACUCAAAAUAUCCUCUAUGUGAUCACAGGACAACCCCACACGGAAUACCAAUACGGAAUGGAGCAAAAGAUGACAAGCUCAACUGUGAACAUUGUUUCUGAGAUUGACUGGGUGCUCAAGGACUGGCAAAGCAAGCUGAAGCCCAAGUCAUGGCCUAAUUAUGAUGAACAUACCGGACCGCACGAUACUCCCAACCCUGUCCACCCCAAUGGUGUGCCGACAUUCAAGCGAGUCGUCCCAUUGAGCCCGUCGCCAAAUCCACACCGGGCCGGAUGGAAAUAUGCCAUGGAGAGCAUCGAGUGUUAUAAUGAUGAUGUCAACGGGGCCGUUUUGUUUGACGACUAUAUUGACCGCAGCUUCCACUGGUGCUAUGACCUCUUUGAGAGCACCGGUACGAUUCCGUAUCGUCGCAAGUGGUUUGGCUUCAUCCACCACACACUCAACACAGGCACAUCGCCCAACAACGUGGGUGCCCUGUUCGAGAAGCCGUUAUUCCUCCAGAGUCUGGAUACCUGCAUGCUCCUGAUUACCAUGUCCAGUGCACUCAAGGCCGAUGUGAUCAAGCUGCUCGCAGAACACAACAAGUCCCACGUCAAGGUCAUAAACAUGAUCCACCCGACGCUGAUGCAAGGUGUUCCAUUGUUCAAUCUCGAGCACUACUACCAAAACGAGGGUGUCGUCAAUGUGGGCGCCUGGCUGCGCAACCCAUUCAGCAUCUACACCCUCCAGCUCAAUCCCGGGGUGAGCAAGUAUGCCCUGCGUGGCCAGAGCAUGGACGACAACUUUGCACCCGAGGAUUUCGUUGUAAGCGGCAUGUCGAUCAGCCGGGGCGUCUAUACCUGCUACUCGGUGAGCGAUGGUAGUAUUGUGGAGCUGAACAGCAGCAACAGAGACGUUUGCUUCCAGAACAUGUGCCGCAACAACAAGCAAACCUUCAUACAGAGCUCCCUAGAGUCGCUGAUCGCACAGGUCCAUAGCGUCCAAGUGAUCGAGCACCAGAACGACGAGGCCUACGACCGGCUGCUGACGGCAAAGGUGGUGUUCCUGGACCUCAUCGAUGCGGCCGCCGUCAACACCGUGGUGGAGUGCAUCGUCCGCAACACCCCGAUCAUCGUCAACCGCCUGCCCGCUCUGGAGGAGUAUCUCGGGCAAGAUUACCCGCUGUUCUACUACGACCUGUCGGAGGUCAACAAUCUGCUGACCCGGAUCCCUGACGCCCACCAAUACCUCGUGUCCAAGUCCAAGGCGGAGUUCCAUGUCGACACCUUCCGCGCCCGCUUCGCAGAGGUCCUCAAGGCCCUGGCAGGAGCGAGCGUUUGA